UUUUGUUUUAAAAUAUCAAUAGCAAAAAUGAGAAAAGAGAAGUGUCCCUAAUUGGCUAAUCAGAACAGAAACCCAAUUCCAAAUCUCUCAUCUCUCAUCUUCAUCUGCUCACUGUCACCGUCGCCUCACUGCCGGCGGUGGAGUUUCCGCAGAAAAACUUAGUGAUAUCUUUACAGAUUAAGUACUGAUGGUAUUUCUUAGCUGGACGCGUCCAUCUCCUGAAGAGCAGAAAGCAUGUAUCAACAAGUCUGGUUCAUUUAACUAUGAUAAUAGAUUCAGGGGAGCUACUGAGAAAUCUGCUCCUCUACUUAAGCAAGACAGAGAGCUUGCAAAGGAUGGUUUCUCUGUUAAUUGUGCUCGUGUUUUAGUCGGUUCAGGUGUUGAGACUUUUGAGAAGGGAAAAGCUGCCCUACAAAAUUGGAGGCAUUUUGGAUUGAAUUGGGCAUUUGUUGAUCCAAAAACUCCAAUUCAAAGUGGGACAAAGUUCUGUGUUUGUGUGAAGGAGUUCUUCCCGUGGCUUAUGAUGCCUCUACAGGUGGUUUAUGUCACUGAGAACAAAAACUCGAAAAAGGGGGCUUCAUUUAGUUUUGGCAGUGGAACUCUGCAAGGACAUUUGCUGAAAAACAAACUGAUUCCGAGUUCAAAGCCCAAUUGAUGUUGUACAAAUAGCAUCGGAGUGACCAACUUGUGACUUGCUUCUUAACAAUCUAGCAACUUGGUAUUGAGAUUUCCAGCGGCAUACCCAUUUUUCCCCCUUCUAUGCAGAUUGCAGAAUCAACCACAUUCAUUGUUUUGAACAAAAAGACUCAACUACUUGAGACCAUGAUUUUAAUUUUCUUCAUAAUCAAUAAAAAUCUAGAGACAGUAGAGAAUAACGCGUUGAAUUGUAGCAUUUGAUAUUCUGCAGAGAAUAUGUUCUGUAAUCUUUCACAAGGCGAAACAUGUGAAUGUGUUAGGUUGUAGCAUGAGAUACUCCAAAUGU